UGCGCUUAGACAUUCCUUUUGAUUUAUUUAAAUUUUUUCAUUGUAAUUAAUAUUAUUUAAAUACAAGUUAUGUUUAUUCGUGUUAAGAAAUGAAUUUAUUUCGUGCUAAAUAUAACGUGCAAGUGCAAAGUGUUGAAAAAACUGCAAAAUUUUAUGUAUGAAAGUAAACGUAAGCCAUAAAAUAUUUCGAAGGGAGGAAGCCAAGCACCAACGGCCAGUUACAACGGGUGUGGAGCUUAGCUGAGCAACAACAAAGAGAAUAACUGCUUUUUUAGUUAUAAGCGGGCUGUGUGCACAUUGGGCGGAGCACAUAGUGGCAGUUAAUACAGCGCAAAUACACAUAUUGCGACAAAAUGUUCUCAAAGAAGAAGAAGAAACCACUGAUUUCUAUGCCAAGCAAUUUUGAACAUCGCGUGCAUACGGGAUUUGACAAACGUGAGGGACGUUAUGUUGGUUUACCGUUACAAUGGGCUUCCAUUGUUGGCAACAAUCAAAUACUAAAGUCAACAAAUAGGCCACUACCUUUAGUGGAUCCCUCCGAAAUAACACCGACGGAAAUUCUUGAUCUUAAGACAAUUGUGCGACCGCAUCACAAUAACAACAAAGCGGAUACGACCUCAUUGAAUAGCAGCAUUGCACCGAAUGCUAGUGGAGCGUUAGGAAAUAACCAAACCGCGCAUGCGCACUACUUCUCCGAGCAUAAUAAUGCGGCAAAUGCUGCAGGUUCGGCAACAGGUGGCAUUAGCCACAACACAGGUGGUAUUGUGCUACCGAAAACGUCACAUGUAGCCCGCUCUAAUUCUUUGCGCAGCUCCAGCCCGCCCCGUGUACGACGGGAUUUGCGUGGCAACGCCAAUGUUCCGCCGGCAGUGCCUGAAGAAAGUGCAUCAACUACAGUGCCCACGCCCGUGCCAGGCCAAACAAUCGGUUACGGUGGCUACAAACCCCCAAUCAAUGGUCCUGCGACAAAUGUAUCAACAGCUGGAACGGCGGGCUAUGGUAUGUACUCGCAACAUAAUGCACAGAAUGGGGGCGGUCAUGGACCACUUGCAGUACGCACCGAUUUUAUAGCGAGUCAACAACAACAACAUUCUACACAGCCUCAAUCAUCGCUCGGCAACCCGACAGCGAUUACUGCUUUACAUUACCGCACCGCGCCACCUCCUCACCAUCUUGCGGGAGGUGGACAGCCACAACAGACUUCUCCAGUAGGUUCAGUAGCUAGCGGGACACGUUCGACGCACUCGCAUGCCUCAUCGGCGCACACACAUCCACAUAACAACAACAAUGGUGGCAGUGGCUUUGCGCCAUAUCAACCUGGCGCCAUACAAUCAGCACAUCAUGCCGCGAAACAUUUAGGAGCCGGUGGAGACCAAAAUCAAAAUCCACACCAUACACAUCCGCACUUGCAUGCAAAGUCAGCGUCGCGCGCAUCUAGUUCAAGUGGUGGUGCGAGCGGCGUGGGUAGUGCAGUAGGCGGGGCCAGUGGCCUAGGCGUUGCGCCGCCCCCUAAACAGGAACAGAGGCUGACACAUGAACAGUUCCGUGCCGCUUUGCAAAUGGUUGUUUCGGCUGGUGAUCCUCGUGAAAACCUCGACAACUUCAUGAAAAUAGGUGAAGGCUCUACAGGCACAGUGUGCAUAGCUACUGACAAAUCAACAGGCCGUCAAGUGGCUGUUAAAAAAAUGGAUCUGCGCAAACAACAACGACGUGAACUGCUUUUUAACGAAGUGGUCAUUAUGCGCGACUAUCACCACCCGAACAUUGUGGAGACCUACUCAAGUUUCUUAGUAAACGAUGAGCUCUGGGUCGUCAUGGAGUAUUUGGAGGGCGGUGCGCUCACCGACAUUGUCACACAUUCACGCAUGGACGAAGAGCAAAUCGCUACAGUGUGCAAGCAAUGCCUGAAAGCAUUGGCCUAUUUGCAUUCACAGGGCGUUAUUCAUCGAGACAUCAAAUCCGAUUCCAUACUACUGGCUGCCGACGGUCGAGUCAAACUCUCAGAUUUCGGCUUCUGUGCGCAAGUCUCGCAGGAGCUACCGAAACGUAAAUCACUCGUUGGCACACCCUAUUGGAUGUCACCCGAGGUAAUAUCGCGUUUGCCAUAUGGUCCCGAAGUCGAUAUCUGGUCGCUCGGCAUUAUGGUCAUCGAGAUGGUGGACGGCGAGCCGCCCUUCUUCAACGAACCGCCGCUACAGGCAAUGCGACGCAUACGCGAUAUGCAACCACCGAAUUUGAAGAAUGCUCACAAAGUCUCACCACGACUCCAAUCGUUCUUGGAUCGCAUGCUGGUACGUGAUCCGGCACAGCGUGCCACUGCCGCGGAACUGUUGGCGCACCCAUUUUUGCGACAAGCGGGGCCACCAUCGCUCUUGGUGCCCUUAAUGCGCAACACGCGGCAGCAUUGAGGGAAAGCAGUCUUCCGCCUACAAAUGCAAAUCGAAUAUAUGUAUAUGCAAGUAAAACUUAAUUAUCAUUAACCACACAAACUCCCCCACACACAUACAUAGCCAUACAUACAAACAUUACAUAGAUUCAUGUACACACGCUAACAUUUCGGCAACUACUUAAUACGCGAACGAAUUUAAGUAUUACUCAAGCAGCAUUUGAAAGUUAUUUAAUUACUUUAUUGUAUGUAGCGUUAGAAGCGAAUAUUUAACUCCUAACCAUUGUUUUUGCUUUUAAGUUUUGUUUAGUUUGUAAAUCCAAAUGUUUUUUUUGUUUUUUUUUUGUUAAACAUUAUAGGCUUAACUUCCUUUCUGCUACACAUAGACACAUACACACACGUACCGACAUUUUUUUUUUUUUUUACAUAUAUACAUGCGCACUCGCAUUUUUGUUGUGUCCUUAAUACAGUCAAUUGUUUGUUAAUAUGUCGUAAAACAAAAACAAAAAGAUAUUGCUAAUCCAUCAAAGAUACAGUUUUAUUGUAUCCACUAAUUACUUAAGUCCUUAAAACGUACACAAAUGGCA